CGAUGGGGUUGGAUUAUUGUUUGUUUCACUGCACCUACACCAUCCCUCUAGUGACGGCGCUGUCGGUGGUAUACUACCCCUUCUUCACGAGGGAGGAUGUCUUCAAGAUUGCAAGUUUGGUUACUGUAUCUUCCUCUCUCCAUGACAUUUCCCUCUGUGAUGACGAACGACUAUGGCGGCAAUCUGACGGGGUCAAAAAGAUAGCCGUCCUCGCAACAGCGCCAUGGGACUCGCACCUCAUCGACGCGAAUAUCUGGACCUAUCCGCCCACCGCCGUGCUCGGACCCACCCUCCUCGGCAUUCCGGUCGAGGAGGUCUUUUUCUUCGUCGUGCACAGUUAUACGACAAGUGUGGGAUACUGUAUCCUUACGAAAGCGCUCGUGCGACCCAUUUACCUGCGGCCAUGCGCGGAGACGAAACGCGUCCGGGAUCUGGGGGCGCUGGUCUUACUGGGGGUGCUGGGCGCGGGAACGGCGUGUCUGCUGGCGGGAGGAAGAGGGACUUAUCUGGGAUUGAUUCUCACUUGGGUGUCUCCGAUGUUGCUGUUUCAAUGGUAUUGUCGUCUGGUGUUGGGUUUGAGCGUGGCUGAUGGUCGCAGGAUCCUUUCGUAUGCGUUUCUUGUUGCUCUGCCCUGGAGGCCUAUCGCUGUGUCGGUCUGCUUGCCGACGGCGCUUUUAUGGAUUGCGGACGCGCGCGCACUGGCUGCUGGGACGUGGAAGAUUGAGUCCGGCACGAAGUUGGGGUAUCAGGCGUAUGGAUUGGAUGUGGAAGAAGCUAUCUUCUUCCUCGCGACGAAUCUGAUGAUUGUGGGUGGCUUGGUCGGAUUCGACUACGCCUUCGCGCUCGAAGAGUAUCGGGUUCUUUCUACCCCUUCUGCAGAGAGCUCGCUGAAACGGACAGUCCUCGGCCUGAUUCAACCAGUCACUUUUGACCGCGGUCUGAUAUCGGAUCUCAGCCAGGCCGUGGCCCGACUGAAGGACAGAAGCCAGAGUAUGUUUCUGGGCAGCGCGCUGUUCCGGGGACAGCUGCGGAUGGAUCUCAUCUUCUUGUACUCUUUCUGUCGGGUCAUGGAUGAUCUUAUCGAUGAAGCGGCGGAUGAGAGUCAAGCGCAGUACUGGAUCAUGCAGUGCAGGAGUCUCCUCGACGGGGAGGUGAACUGUUCCCGACGCAACAGAGGAGAAACCGCGCAAGGGGAAGCUGGAGCAUGCAAGAGUCAAGCUGACGACCCAGCCGCACAAACCAAGCUCACCACCCUCCGUCGCGCAAUCCACCUCGUCCCCUUGUCUCGAAUGAGCUACCCCCCCCUGCACGACCUCCUCAAAGGCUUCGAAAUGGACCUCGCCUUCACCUCCAAGCAAGAUACCUUCCCCAUCGCCACAGAAACAGACCUGGACCGCUACUCCUCCUACGUAGCCAGCACCGUCGCCACACUCGUCCUCGACAUCAUCUUCUCGCAUUGUCACGAGAAUCCCCCACACCGCGCCGCGGAAAUCAGACACGCGGGCGAGGUCAUGGGCAAGGCACUACAGUGCCUCAAUAUCGCGCGGGAUAUCCAUCGCGAUGCUGUCAUCGGCAGGGUUUAUGUUCCUACCUCCUGGUUGGAGGAGGCAGGGCUAUCCCCGGGGGAUAUUUUGAGCUGUCCGCAUUCUCCGGCUGUGUAUGGUUUGCAGGAGAGGUUGCUGGAUAAGGCGGAGGGGCUCUAUUGGGAGAGUCGGGGAGCGGUGGAGUGGCUUCCUGCAGGGGUGAGGGAGCCGGUGAGGGCGACGGUGGAGAGUUAUAUGGAUAUUGGACGGGUGCUGAGGGUGAGGAGGGGCCGGAGUUUGGAGACGGAGGGGAAGAUGAGGGUUCCCUUGGGGAGGAGGUUGGUGGUCGGCUGGUUGGCGAUGCUGUAGCGGGUCGUUUGAAUGCCAAUUCGCAAAGCUACCUUAGCUUGUACUUUGGCCGUGAUGAAUACAGGUCAGGAUGGGGAUGCUUGCAGAAUUCAUACAUAGCGGGUAGUCCCAUAAUACUCAAUUUAU